UCCGCGUGCACGCGUGACCAGAGUUCACGCGCACACUCUUGGCGGCAUCGGGUGGUUCUUUUUGCUUUUUUGCUUCUUUCGUGACCGAUAAACUUUGACCGCCGCUUGUUCAGCAUCACCGUCGAGCACAGAACCGGGGAGGGACACCAUAGAAGCGGGGACCUGGUUCGACAAGUCGCCCCCCCCCGUGUCCGUUUUAGCCGGUUCGGCUGUCGCUGGGCGAGAGCUUCAGGUGCGGACACCUGGAACGUGUCGCUAUGAAGCAUCCCUUCAGUCAAUCAGCCCCGCCGAGCUCUGAGCCGGACCGGUCCGACGUUAUCGCAGACGGCGUGGACUGCGGCCAGGCGGGGGUGGCGGACAGGCGGCCUCCUUCGGGGGGCGCUCACAGGCCUAAGAGGGACCGCAAACACCGUAGCUACACCAUGUGCGACAUUUGCAACAUCCAGCUCAACUCGGCGGCGCAGGCGCAGAUCCACUACAACGGCAAGUCGCACCAGAAGAGGCUCAAGCAGAACAGUCACGCGGGCAAGGCGGCGAACAACAAAGGUACUUCGGGCCAGGGGGGGCCGCUCCUGGCCUCGCUGCCCGUGGCGGGACAGCCCCUGCAGCCUCAGCUGGACCUCAAGCACCUGCUGCCGUUCCGGCUCAACGGGUCCUCGCCGCUCAGCCUCUUCCCCAACUUCAACACGAUGGACCCCGUGCAGAAGGCGGUGAUCAAUCACACCUUUGGCGUUUCGCAGCCGCUCAAGAAGAAGCAGAUCAUCUCCUGCAACAUUUGUCACCUGCGCUUCAACUCCACGAACCAGGCGGAGGCUCACUACAAGGGCCACAAGCACGCACGCAAGCUCAAAGCCAUCGAGGCGCAGAAGAACAGGCAGCGGCGGACCGGCGAGGCCUCGUCCAGAGGGAGGGAGCGGGACAGAGAGCGGGACAAGAAUAAGAUGUCGGAGGUCGUGGUGCCGCCUUCUGUUGUGGACUCCACCUCAGAGGAAGCAAUAAGACUUCAGGCAGACCUGGAGGCGUCCUCGCGGGACGUCAAGAUGGAGGACAGUCCCAGGAGCUCAGUCAUGCUGACGCCGGUGUCAGACGUGUCGGGCGGUGAGCUGGCGGCGCUCUCCCCGCCGCAGAUCUCGUUGUCCUCGCGGCUGUCCGAGACGGCUUCUGACUCCGGCAGCCCGGAGACCUCGGAUGCCGCCGAAGUCGUAGAGGUCAGGGGUCUCGGCGGCCAGGCGGACGCGUCUGACACCGCCGUGGAGGCAACGGCGGAUGAGGACGGCAAAAAGAGCAAAGCACACCUCCACUGUCCUGUCUGCAAAGUGACGGUGAACUCCACAUCCCAGCUAGAAGCCCACAACAGCGGUACGAAGCACAAGCUGACGCUGGAGGGUCAGACCGUGCUGCCCCGCCGCCGCGGAAAGAUGGCGGCGGCCCGCGCCAACUGUAAGAGCAAGAGGCUGGCCAGCAAAGGCAGCCUGGGUGUGUCGAACAAGAGCUUUCAGUGCGAAGUGUGCGAGAUCUUUGUCAACUCAGAGACGCAACUCAGUCAGCACAUGAACAGCAGACGGCACAAGGACCGAGUGGCUGGAAAACCUCCCAAGCCCAAAUUCACCCCACACAGCAAGAGCCAGCAGACCAGCAUAGCAGUGAGUACCAUGCGAUGGAGCGGCUGUGCGGGCGCGGCCGUGUCGGCCAUGAAGAAAGCUUUGGGCCAGUACAGCCUCAACUCCAUCUCCUCGCAGACCAAACUGGCUUUGCAGAAGCAGCUGACCAAGAGCUUGACCGCGGGCUUCCUGCCCGGCCCCCUCACGCCGCCCACCCUGUGCACGGUGGCCGCCAACCCUCUGGCGCUGCGCCACCCGAUGGGCGCCGCCUCCGCCGCCUUCAUACAGACACCCUUCCUGGGGCCUGCGCUUUUCCGGCCCGCGCCGGGGCCUCUGCGGGCCGCGCACGCGCCCAUCAUCUUCUCCCCGUACUAAUGCCACCCCGCCCCUCGGUGCCCCCCCCCUCUCUGUGUGACCAAACUAUGCAGUCAGCCUGACUUAAGGGAAGAGUGGCAGGACCCCCCGAACAUGCCUUCUUCCCAUUCCGUUAGUCACCAGUGAGGGAGCGGGGGCCGCAUUGAUAGCCAUUACAUGGGGGGGGGGGGGGGGGGCUCGGGGGACAUUACGGCCGUUACCGUGUCGUUUCGUAGAUCAGUCUAGCUGUACGUUUAAGAUAAUCUCCCUUUACUUCAGCGCUUUCAAAGUGUGAGCCAGAGAACCUCAGCAGUUGUAAACAAAAGAAAAAAAAAAGAAAAAAUAUAGAUUCAGUUGUGACUGUAUGGGUGCAAGAAUUUAUGAAGUAAGCAUUUAUAAGUAGGAGGGUGUGGGAUCUUGAGAAAAUGAGGGCACAAAACAGCGACAUUUUUAAAAACAUGCUAAGCUCACCAAGUUAGAACGAAAAAUGUUUCUGGGCCUGAGCGCUUCAAAAAACAAAGAACAUCUACAUUCAGCUGUGGCAAUGUGGACAAAAGUAUUAGCGAGACGGAGGUCCGCAGAAACUGGAAUUUAAAAAAAUGUAAGAAAAAUAGCAUCUUUUUUUUUCCAAGAUUAACUUCAGCUUGAAAUGCUUGAAAAAAAAGCAACUGUGAGGCAGAGGGCUUCAGCUUGAGAAAUAUUAACAAAAAACGUGCUUUAUUUCUGCUAACGCCAUACACGCUGAGUCACAAAAAUUCAAAGUAGGUGGAGUCGCAUCUUGGGCCAAAGGAUUUAAGCAGCUUGAGGAAAAAGCAUUUAUUUAUUUCAAAUUUGCUUUGAUAUGGAGUGAAAGGGGCAUGUGAAAAAUGAAGAGGGUUAUUAUUGAUGGAAUUUUGAAUGAGCAAAGGUAAACUUAGCUAGAGCUAUGUGGACGAAAAUAAUGUGAGCUAGAAAGUGUAACUCGGGCUAAGAAAAAAAGCUUUGUUUUUAAAAAUGUACCAAGCUAACUUCAUCUUGGCUAACUUUAGCUAAGCUAACUUUAGCCACAACUACAUGGAGAAACCUGUGAGGGGUGUGGCAAAAAAAAAAUCAAGAAAAUCCUUUUUAAAAAGAAAAAAAAAAUGAAUGGCUUGAUGAAAAAAAACAAAAUUUAUUUUCAAUAUACUAAGCUACCUUCAUCUUAGAUCAUUUCAGCUACAACGAUACAGUUAACUCUGGGGCUUCGACAAAGUCUAGUAUUGCCACCAGAUGACAACAAAGUGCUACUUUUGUGCUAGCCUGGGCAAUAAUCAUAUCGAAUUGAAGCGCCUCACCACAACAUACUCUUGUCGGCACCAAGACGGCGCCAAAGCACUACUUUUAUAUGAGACAGGGAUAUGGACUGAGCACAAAAUAGUUUUUUCAGGAAAUAAUGGAGGAAUAGGUACCAAAAAAAAAAGUGUGCCAAAUGGUGAGUUUGCGAAUAGCAAAUAAAAAAAAAAAAACCCGGGGAACGCUGUAAACACAAAAGGACAUAUUUGUGAGACGAGAUUUCAAAGAAGAUGGCUUAGCAGCUCGAGAGCAGUUAUUUCCCAAACAAAGGGCAUUUUUUUAAUUUUAUUUUAUUAUUUUUUUACAUGCUAAUUCAUUGGCAAAACGGCGUGUAUUUUAGCUCCUCGGUUUUAUUGUUUUUUUUUCUUCUCGGAGGAGGCUCACUGUCCCACACUUUGAAAAUUCAAGCUUCACCUGAUGCCCUUUUUCAAAUGUCUCACCGAGACAUUUAUCGGUCCACAAGUUGAUCCUCCACGUGUCCAUUUGGCACCACCCGAACUGCCAGAACGCUUCACACGUUGACAAACGGACAAGGAGGAGGAGGAGGAGGGUUUGACUGACAGCCGCUGCACAGUGUGUGGGAGGGAACAAAAAAAUUAAAAAAAAAAAAAGCACAGUGUAACCAUAGCAACCACCCGAAAAAAAGCACCUUAAAACUGCUUCGUACACACAAACAAAUCAGGUAAUCACAAGGUUGACUUUUAAAAGCAAUAGCCACCAAAAACCAGUCUCCUCACGCCGUGCAGAUCUGUCCGUCAAUCACGAGACUCCUCCUCUCGGCGACGGACUGGAGCACGUCCUAUGCAUUUUCUUUCUCAUUGUGCAAUAUGUAUAGCUGUGUAUGUGUGCGUGCGUGUGCGCGUGUGUGCGUCAUCUGUCGUGACAAAGCCGGUCUCCCGCCAUCUCCCGCCUCUCCGUAACAAAAGCAGCCAAGCCUCACUCUUGUCUUGUGGAGGUUCCGUGUAGAAACAAACCCCAUAGAGGACGUAUAGAGCUUUUAUCAGAGUUAAUAUUGUUAUGUGUACCAUAGAGGAAGACUAGCUCAUGUUAUUGUUUAUUAUUUACUUCUUCUUCUUUUUUUUAAGUGCAAGGCCUUCUUUUUAAAAGGGGAAAUGAGGAGAAAAAACAAAAAAAAGAUCCGAAAGCGUUCCAGGCCUUCUCAGGGGUGACCGGGUUGUGACCAAUCCAUCCACAUUCAGGGUAUGGCUCGGCCCAUCGUCACGGCGACGACAAGCAAGGGACGACGAGAGAGCUUGUUACCCCCAUGGAUUUUUUUUUCGGGAAAAUAAAAAAAAAAGAAAAAAAAGCUUUUGGAACUUCUUAAAUGCUCCUCAUGGGUUUUUUUUGUGUGUGUUGGUGUGUCUUCAGGUUAGACGUCCAUCUUAUGAAGUCCGGUGGUGCCUUCGGAUAUGGUCUGAAAUCAUAACUUUUAUCACAAAAAUCGUGGCAUUUUUUUUAAAUGUCUUCAAAUGUUUAAAUCGAGCCUGCAGUCGAUGUGAUUAUUCAGACGAUACCUUCGGGACAGUCGGAAAUCAUAGUUUUCCCCACACAGCUAUGGUGAUUUUUUC